AUGGCUGUUUCCAAACCAAUGGUUUUUCUUUUCCCAGAUUUUUUUGUGGAGGAAGUGCUGUCACAUUUUGGUAUUGUACGGUUUAGCAGGCUUGAUGCUGGAAACAUCAUACAUCUUUUGGCUCCUGACAUUGGAAUGUUUCUUUUUGGUCUGACUGUCACACUGCUUUACCAUAAGACAUUGAAACGCAACAAUUGGGGAAGCCUCCAUGGGGACCAAGAAAUUCAACAAUUGGGGAAGCCUCCAUCUAGAGACCAAGAUCAAUUCUCUUCUGAUGAGGAAGAAGACAUCAAAGAGACGGAAUCUGAAGCAGAAACUGAAGAUACUGGAGACACAGACAUUGGCUGUCUAUUUGAAAAGGAUCAUUUAAGAUGCAGCCAUUCAGGUUUCCUUCUGAAAUUCACAUUGUUCCUAACAGGCUUGGAGAUUCUUUCUGAAGACACACUUAGAACUGCUGGCAAAGUGUUUGUUAUGCUUCUGUUAGGCUCAACAGGUAUUACUUUUGGUAGAAGGAUCUUGGGCAUAGUGCCACUUAUUAAGACAAACAUUACAGCACCUUGGAAACUACACAUUCAUCCUCACCUAAACUGGCCAGUGGCUUUGAAUCCUUUUUUCCUUCUAGCCCUGUAUUUUUUAUUGGUCAGAAUGUUGCAGCAGUGGGCAUUGCUUGCUAAGGAACCCAAAGAAGAAGUUAUUCAGUUCCAUUCUGAAGACUAUGUAGAAGUUAAGACACAUUCUAAGCUUCAGGUGAGCAUGGAUGCCAAUGGCGAGGUGGUUUCGCUUUCAAGUGAAAUUCCACAGGAAUGCCUCCUUUUGCAAUAUCAGAAUCAUAACUGUUGCAGUAUGGAUGGCUACAUCAAUCAAGGAGGCAGUAUUUCUCUAUCAGAGCACACAAUAUAUUCUGAAACCUCUACAGAAGUUAAUGAAAAAUGUAACAUGGGAAAAAAAUCUAGUAUAUUCGUAGCAUUGGCACAAUUCAUUACAAAUCAGAGCUAUGUCAUUGCAUUAAUUACUAUGAUGGUUUGGAGUAUCACCUACAGUAGCUGGCUAACUUUUGUUCUGCUAAUUUGGUCUUGUAUAAUUUGGAUGGUACAUGAACGUCAUUUCUAUGCCUUGCGCAGUUUACCCUUUCUUGUCACCUAUGGAAAUGUGCUGGUGAUUCUUAAUUUUAUUGUGGGACUGAAUCUUUCACAAGAGGAAUUAUUUCCAGGAGUUGCAACUUCAUUACUCGUUGACUUAGAUUUGAAACCUUAUUCUCUUCCCUGUGUCCAUCUGGGAGCCAAGAUUUUAUAUCAGUUAACUUUCUGGUUGUUGUUGAAGCAGUAUGUGAUGCAAAGACAGAAGCAAAAAGAGGAUGAAUUUCUCAAAGAAGUGAUAGUAUAUCAAACUGAAAUGGACACACAGCAAAAUCUGUUUGUCGAAAUACUUGGUUCUAUAUUUAAGAGGAUCCUAGUAAAAUACUGGAUUUACUUCUGUUCCAUCAUGUUCUUUAUUGUCGGCUUCAAUGGCAAAGUGGUCGUGUAUAAAAUUCUUUACAUUAUCCUUUUUCUGUUCUGUGUGGCUAUGUAUCAGAUUCAUUAUGAAGGAUGGCGACGAGUCUUGAAAGGAUUUUGGCUGAUAAGUAUCUCCUAUUCAAUGGUAGUCCUCAUUGCUUUGUAUACCUACCAGUUUGAGAUGGUUUCUGCAUUUUUCCUAAAAACUUUGGAAAUAUCAGAGGAAAGAUUAAAAGAUUUGGGUCUUGAACGGUUCAGCACAAAGGAACUUCCUACAAAGAUUAUAUUAUCAUAUGCCUUUCUUCUUACCUGUAUCUUUCAAGAGCAUUAUUUCCAUAAAGAUUUCCUGAAGAUCACAAAUCUGACCAAUAUUUCUGUGAAUCCAUCUUCUUCUUCACCUGGCAGGCUGGCUCCUGAGCCGUUACAACAGCCUUUUCCAGAUGGACUGGACAAGUCUGAGAAUACCACAGAAAAUGAGGUAAAGAGGAAUAAAUGGACAGAAGUGGUGGAUAAUUUGGCACCUUGUCUUCUGAAGAUCAUAGCAAUAGUUCAGGAAAUCCAAGUGCUUGCGUGGAGAUUUCUGGAGCUGCACAUCCUUAAGAUUGUGUCCACUUGCAUUAUCUGGAUCACACUUCAAGAGGUGUGUUUGAUGAACUACGUUUUCUUUAUUGUGUGGACAUUUGCUAUUCCUUAUUCCAAAUUUCGUCCCUAUGCCUCAAGAAUCUGUACAUUUUGGUCUUGUGUGAUGGUCAUCUGGAAAAUGUUGUAUCAGUUGAAAUUUAUUAUGCCCUGGAAUUAUUCCACAAACUGCACUCAGGUCAGUGAUCUGCAUUUGAAUAUGACUUACCAUUCUAUCAGUGUUGAUGAGUUGUUGGAGAAAUCAUCUUUGUUCGUGGCACCAAUUGACCCAGCACUCUGGAUUGGAGGGCUGAUGAAGUGCAGUGACAAUAUUGUUCUUUAUCUAAAGAACCAUCUUACCAUCCUGAUUCUAAUGGCUUUAGAAGCAACAGUGUAUCGCCACCAAUAUUUUUACUGGACUCAGAAGCAACUAUUGCCACCUGUCACAGGUAGCCUUUUUAAUAAUAUUGCCCGGGAGAACUUGGAUGAAGGGCUACUCAACUGCAUCAAAUACUUUCUCAACUAUAGUUUUUACAAAUUUGGACUGGAGAUAUGCUUUGUGACGGCAAUUAAUGUGAUUGGGCAACGCAUGGACCUCUACGCACUUAUCCAUGCAAGUUGGCUGACUUACCUGUUGAGCUAUCGUCAGAGGAAAGCAAUAGCCCAAGUCUGGCCCAAAUACUGUUUCUUCCUUGCCAACAUUGUGGCCUUUCAGUAUUUGCUUUGUAUUGGCCUCCCACCUGCUUUGUGCCAAGAUUAUCCAUGGAGAAAUUCCCACUGGAUGCUCCCUUCAAAUCUGAUUAAGUGGCUUUAUCUGCCUGAUUUUGCUGAGAGACCCAAUACUCAUUUUCUCCUGUAUGAUUUCCUUCUUCUGCUUUUUGCUUCCUUCCAAUGGCAAGUUUUUGAAGAUGAGGAUCAGCCUGUAGUCAGGCUGCAAGCUGGAGAUAACUCAGAGAUUAAUCAAGAUUUGGGCCCAGCAGAUCUCAGUGAAUUCAGUCGGGUACCAAACUUUAUCCAUUGCAGAUCUUAUUUGGAUCUGAUGAAAGUGCUUAUAUUCAAGUACCUCUUCUGGAUUGUCCUUUGUCUAAUUUUUGUGACUGGGACAGCCAGGAUCAGCAUCUUCUGCGUGGGCUACUUCAUUGCCUGCUUCUACUUUAUGCAUUUUGGACAAAGCCUUCAGCUGAAGCCCAUCAGAGACAUUCUUAGACCAUGGGACUACGUGAUUGUCUACACUACUUUGGUUAUAACAGUAAAGAAUCUUCUUGCUGUUGGAGCAUGUGCAUACCUUAAUAAAUUACAAAUAAAUUAUUGUUGGUUAAUUCAGUGCUUUGCUAUGUAUUGCACAAUACCAGGAUAUGAAGUAGAUCCACCUAAUAAUGAGAUAUGUGAAUUGCCUAAGGAUGAAGCCGGUAUCCUGUGGGAUGCAGUAUGUUUCACCUUCUUGCUGAUUCAGAGAAGAGUUUUUAUGAGCUACUAUUAUCUCUAUAUUGUGACUGAUCUCAAGGCUACAGAUUUCUUAGCCUCCAGGGCAGCUGAGAUGUUUGAGUUGAAACUGAAAAAAAAGGUGAUUUCUCGGAUGGAACAAAAUAGAAAAUCAAUGGAAAUCAUGAAAAAGCAGAUGGACUUGAUUAAACCAAAAUUUAAAAACCAAAGUUCCUGCAAAGUACUAGGAGCAGAGUCUGAUCAGAUAUUGGAAGAGGAGGAUCCAGUGGUUCAAAGUGGGAGCUAUUGCCUUUUUGAUACAGAUAGUGAAGAAGAAGAACAUGAACACUCUGAAAAAAGCAAAAAAGAAUUCUUUAAAAAGAAAACAGCAUGGCAGCUUGCGUAUGAAGCCUGGAUGAGGAAUGCAAAAUCAGCUCUAAAUAUGAGAGAGCAAGAUGAAAUCAAAAGUCAAAAAAAUAAAAAGGAGGAAAGGAAAAAUGAUGAGCAACUACCAGGGGCUGAAAGAGCUAAUGUCAGUUUGGAAUCCUGUGAUGAAAAUAUAGAGAUACUGACUUUUGAAGAGGACUUGGAUAAGUCAGAAAGUAUUGUGCAAAGAAUAAUCAACAUUAUCAAGCUUAUCUUCAUCUUGAUGCAUGCAUUGAUGGAUGACAUUAUAGAAGCCCUUAAUUCCCUGGUUAAAGAUAAUUUGGACAUUGCUGAUGUAUUGAGAAUGGAAAAAUAUAUUCUUUGGCAACAGAUGAACAAGGAAAAUGAGAUUUCAGCAGAUAUGAUUCUACAGCAUUACAGAUUUGAGAAUAAUCAGUCAGUUUAUGAAGAAUAUAAAGCCAAAGUAAUAGGAAUUGAGGAAAGCCAAGACAAGUUAUCUGAAUCUCCACUGAUUGAGAAUACUGAGCCUUCAUGUGUGCAACUCAGGCGAUCCAGUGAAACUGAUAAAGAUGUAAUGGGGACUGAGAAGAUAGAAGGGGGAAAUAAAAAAGAAGCCCACUCCCAAGGAUUCACUCUGAUCACUUCCUGUGCGGAACCUGCCAUUCUUUCCAGCUCUCCAUCAGAAAUUCAAGAAUCAGCAGAUUCCUGGUUCACUAGAAGUCCAGAAGUCGACAAACCAUUAGGUGAAAUUUCUCCAAUGAUGACAACCAGUGAAGUGAUGCUUAACAGCACUCUUCAUGACAAUGAGCUGGAGCAGUCGGAUAAAUUUUACCAGUGCCUUCCUUUCCCGAAGUUGGGAGUUGCUUUGUACCAUGUUAUGGUCUCUACAUCAGAAAUUCUAUGUUAUUUUGUUAUCAUUGUCAACCACAUGGUUUCUGCUUCCAUUCUUACUUUGGUUCUCCCCAUCUUGAUAUUCUUGUGGCCCAUGCUAUCCAUUCCAAGGCCCACCAAAUUCUUCUGGAUGACAGCAAUAAUUUACACUGAGAUAAUGAUUGUGACCAAAUGUAUUUCCCAGUUUGGAUUCUUUCCUUGGUCUUCUCAGAUAUAUUGUAGUAUCAGGGCAGAAGCACCAUUUGCCUUGCCAAAUAUAAUUGGGAUUGAGAAGAAAGAUGGAUAUGCACAGUAUGAUCUCAUGCAACUCCUGGCCUUGUUCUUGCACAGUAUGCUUUGGAUUUAUCGGCCUAUCAAGCAGUUCUUCUAUGACUUCAUUUAUCCCGAGAACAGCCCAGUCUGUGAUAUCUAUGUUUUCAUCUUCAUUGCUGAUGUGAUUAAUUUUAUUAUUAUCAUCUUUGGCUAUGGGGCAUUUGGGAGGCAUUUAGAGGGAGAUAUUGCAGACUCCCUUUCGGAAGAUGACGUCCCUGGACCUUGGCUUGUGAUACUCUUGAUACAGUUUGGCACCAUGAUAAUUGAUAGGGUACUCUACCUAAGAAAGAACAAGUUUGGGAAAUAUGUUUUCCAAGUGAUCUUAGUCUUUGGCAUUCAUAUUUGGAUGUUUUUCAUUUUGCCAGAAGUAACACAAAGGAGAUUUAACAGGAAUAGAAUGGCUCAGCUGUGGUAUUUGGUCAAGUGCAUUUAUUUUGGUUUGUCCACAUAUCAGAUCAAAUGUGGUUACCCAAAUCGGACCAUGGGCCAUUUUUUGACCAAGAAUUAUAACUAUAUAAACCUCUACUUAUUCCAAGGAUUCCGCAUAAUACCUUUCUUGAUUGAGCUGAAGGCUGCCGUGGACUGGGUCUGGACUGAUUCUACACUCAGUCUGUCCAGUUGGAUCUGCCUAGAGGAUAUUUAUGCAAAUAUUUUCAUUCUAAAAUGUCAGAGAGAAUGUGAAAAAAAAUAUCCCCAAUCUCCUGGACAGAAGAAGAAACCAAUUAUGAAGUAUGGGAUGGGAGGCUUCAUUAUCUUCUUACUUGUCUUCAUUGUAUGGUUUCCACUUCUUCUUAUGUCACUGAAAUCUAUGACAGGUGUCACCAACCAGCCCUUGGACGUUUCUGUCAAAAUUACCAUCAGUGGUUAUGAGUCCUUGUUCACCAUGAGUGCUCAGCAACAAAAUCUGGUUCCUUUCACUCAUGCAGCAUAUAAUCAAUUCUCUGCACAAUAUGCUCUCUACCCUACUGCCUCGUACUUUAUAGAUGGCUAUAGUCCAGAGGAUAUUGUAAUUGCUAAAAUAAAAGGCAAUGCCAGCCUGCUCUGGAGCAUCAGUCCAGGGAAUCGGAAAGCUAUGAUAGCAGAGCUCUCCAAUUCCUCUGCAGUCUAUGUCAACUUCCACUGGACUCUUACCAGGAAUGCUUCUCUUGUGACGAAUAUUGAAGCAUCUGGUAUACAUACCGUGCGAUAUAGAGAAAAGGAAAUAAGGGAUCAAAUGAUUCACAUGCUCUCUGGGACUCGGACUGAACCAAUUGUACUUCCUGGUGUUCUACCAAAAUAUCUCAGAGCAACUAAUGAGGCAGAUGCUAAAAUAGCAAAUAGCUUGAAAGUUGAAAUAAAUCGAAUUGAGAUCAGCACAGGCACAUAUCCUGUUAUGAGGGAGAAAGUGUGGGAAGCAGAGACUAACUUGUUUUCAACAGUUCAUUCCCAGAAGCUAGAAGACAUCGAUGCGAUGGCCUUCUUCAGAAAUAUAACCAUAAAGCUGCAGAAGGAGUCUUCAAGUCAUGUUUCUGAAUGGUGGAUUGUUAAAGAGCAGACGCCUCUCUGUUUGGAUAACAGAUGCAGCAAGAAUAUGGAGAUUAUAAUUUGUAACGAUAAAGUUAGUCCUUCUGGCUUGGGAUUCGUCACUGCAUAUGGCAUUGUCGGUCUCUAUAUGUCGUUUGUUUUGGUUAUUGGGAAAUUCAUCCGAGAGUAUUUCAAUGGCUUCUCACAUUCCAUCAUGUUCGAAGAGCUGCCCAAUGUGGACCGCAUCCUGAAAUUGUGCACAGAAAUCUUCUUGGCCAGAGAGGCUGGAGAAUUGGAGUUAGAAGAGCAGCUUUUUGCUAAGCUCAUCUUUCUGUACAGAUCACCUGAAACGAUGAUCAAAUGGACCAGAGGACACAAGGAAAAAUAAAAAUAGCAUGGAUGGGAAAUUACCACUAAGAAACUCUACAAAAAACAGGACCUGCACUUGGGAGUUGGGCAUCACUCCACAGGACAUCAAGGCAAAGUUUGAUUUAUUGAAUAUCUGCGUUAUGGAGGUGUGCAACUACAUGUGAGAUUUAAUAUCCAGGGUGUGAUAUGCAGUUUUAUAUUGCACAGAGAUUGGAAUUUAUAAUGCUGUAUAGUGAUUUGGGCCAGGGGAAAUCCCCAGCAAGUGGAAGCUGUUCCUAUGAUUCCCCCCACCUUUAAUUGUAUGCAGUCUGAUUCUAAAUUACCAAUUCAGUUCAACAUGGCAGUAAAAUUAGCAAUGAAUUAGGAAUUACGUCUUUAAUUUGUCAAAUUGUGGCAUGAACAAAACGUUACAUAGGCGUACAAAUAAAAUACAGUUUUGUAUCCUGGGACUUUCUGUGUCUCUCUUGCCCACUAAGAUUCCCAGAUGGUUAUGUCCAUGUUUAAUGAUAGAUAAUCCCAUAAAGUGGUCACAAUCUUGUGUGUAGAACACAGAAUAAUGAGUCUGCCUGAAGAUUAAAAAGUUUUCUAAAUAGUGACAGCACUUCAAUAAUAGAACCAAUUCUCUAUAAGGAGAGUAGCUCCCUUUUGCUGGAUAUAUUUAAGCGGAGACCAAACAUCUGUUAUAGGUGCUUUGAUUCCUGCAGUGGAUAUCUAGUUGGAUAUCAUGGCCUUGGUAGUCCUUUCUAACUCAUUGACAUUAAAGUUUUAAUGUUAGUAAAGGGUUAAAAGACAGACUGACCUUCCUAGCAUGUCCUACUUAGGCCUUUGACACAAAAGGUGUAAUAAAAAUGCAAUAGGUCCAGCUAAUCCAGCCCUUUGUUUCCUGAAAGGACUGGCCAACCAGAGGCCCCAUGGAGGUUCCAAGAAGAGCAAGAGAGAUUGCUCUUCUCUAUGGUUCCAAUUGCUCUCAUGACCUACUCAUGAGACAUUAACUGCUCUGGCUGCAUUUAGCUGCCUUCUAUCAAUAUUUCAAUCUGUGUAUCUUCUAUAAAUUUCUCUAACAUCUUUGGAACACCUUCAGGGAUUAGUAGAAAAAUGCAUUGUAAAUCUGAUUUAAAAACCCAAUGUUGAAACAAGAGCAGCUUUAUUCUGGCAUGGUUACCUCCUGCAUGGUCUUUAAUUCUAAACAUUAAUGUAAUUCAUCAGCACAAGCAUAUUAAGAACUUCAUGGAGAUGUGCACUGGAUCACACUGAUAAAAUAAUCAUGCAAGAAAAGCAUAUGGGGGAGAAUUUUGUUUUAAACCUAUUUUUAAAGAAAGAGAUGAAGGCCUCCAUUAUUGUCAUGGGCUACAGCAGAGCCCAAAGUGAUUCUUAUCCAAGAUUGCCACCUUACAACUUAAGCAGAUGUUGGGCUUCGCAUUUCCCAGUGUGAUGCAGGGCAAGACAGUCACUGUUCCUUCCAAAUCGUCCCUCUCUAGUUCCUGCUCACCUACCUACAGGGAACAAAAAAGCAGGUUGAGUUGUCCAAGAAGCAGGACAGAAGGGAGUUGGAGUCCAGAGACAGAAUGGCUGGAAGCAAAGUUGCUGCCUUUAACCAUAAAGUAUGCACUUGGUCUAGAGUAGACCAAGUGUUUCUCAACCUUGGCAACUUUAAGAUUUGUGGACUUUAACUCCCAGAAUUCCCCAGCCAGCCAGGUUGAAAUCUACACAUUUUAAAGGUGUCCAGAUUGAAAAACACUGGU